UCCAGUAAGACGCCGAUGAUGUGGUCAGUGAUGUAGGUGUGUGUUUGGGGACUUGCUCGGGUUUCUGGACCCUGUUGGAGGAGUUUAAAGUGCGCGCUUGUGCUUUUUUUUGUUCCGUUUUUGAAGCUAAUUGAUUAUUUGCGCAUCUGAGCGACAGAGAUGGCGGACUGGAAGGUGCCUGUGAGCUACAACUACAGUCCAUCAUACCAUGCGUACGCGUACGGACUGAUGUAUCCAGCUGCGCCUGAGCAGAACCACAGCAAUGUGAGCUGGACUGAGGCCGCUUACACGUCUCAGCAGCCUCCGUCUGCACAAACUCCACCCGGGAGCCCGGAAUACAACACCACCAGCGCUGAAGGCCACUAUGGAGGUCCGGGGGGUUACUACAGGGAGCCGAAGGCGCGCACGCACACAGGGAGACUUUUCCUCUCCAACAACAGGGUCGAGUUUGACCAAGUGAGUAAAGAGCAGGAGCGAGCAGGCAGUGACACCCCCAGUGACUCCGAGGUCCACACACCAGAUUCCUGGAGUUCCAGUAGCAGUCGUGAAGGCAGUGCAGCUCCAGUGGAUGUAGAUCUGCAGUUCUGGGCUAAAACACACCAGGGAAACAGUCCUGAUUGCAUCGAGGUCAUGUCCAGCUCUCUAUCAGUGGCUUCAGAAGGCUCCAAGUGUAUGAAGGUGGAGGGGCAACAUGAAUCCCCGGCCUUGUCCACAGUGACUCCUUCUUCUGAGCCGGUGGCAGCGCAGCAGCCGCGAAAGGCAAAAGCUCGCACUGCGUUUUCAGAUAAACAGAUGAACGCUUUAAACGAGCGCUUCACAGUGCAGAGAUACCUCACACCUGUGGAGAUGAAGACUCUAGCUGAACUCACAGGACUCACCUACAAACAGGUGAAAACCUGGUUUCAGAAUCGCAGAAUGAAACUAAAGCGGCACCAGAAAGAUAACAGUUGGGUGUCGGAGAGAUACAUCACACCUGCUGGGAUCCCUAAUGCACAGACUACACACUCUCAGUUCCAGGUAGAUGCUUCAAUGCUGAACCCAGAUCUUUAUAAUAAUCCCCAGUUUCGAGAUGCAGUAUUCAAGAACAGCCCUCCUCAGACUCCCUCCUGCUACCUCAACUACCCCCGGCCUCUGUCCCCUUCACAGGUCUCACCCAGGCCUCAGGGAAGUUGGUGUCUGCCCCCAGCUGUGCAGCACUACGAAUUCCUCAAUCCUUCUAGCUAUGUGCCAGUUGGAAAUGCUGGUACUGAUGGUGAUGGCACUGUGGAUCCAGGCAGCAGCCCAACACGGAUGGCCACAGUGCACAACGCCACACAGUGGUCAUCUUGAUCAACUGCACUUGGCUGCCUGUAGUAUUGAGGUUGUGUAAAUAGCUUGCUUUUGAUUUCUAGCCCAUGGUUUCCCUGUUGCACUCAUGAGGGACCUGAUGGUUAUUUCUCUGCUCUCUCUGCUAGCUGAAUGUUUGAGCAGGAUCAUUUUAUGAACAAUUCUAGACCUUGACCCCCCCCCCCCCCCGGACUGGGAUGGGGGAACCAUAUUGUAGGCUCCGUGAAUGUAAGCGGCCGUUACGCAUUUUAAAGUCUUCUGCAAACAGCCAUGUACAAACUUGUAAAUGCUCCGAGUGGAAAUUUUUGUCCCUCUACUUUUUAUAUGGAAGAUCUAUUUUUGUAACUUCAAUGAACCUUCCAGAGUAUUUAAUGUCUUAUCAGGAACUCUUGUUCUUUUUAAUCCCUUCAGUGCUAAAUGUGUUUUCUUUGGCUUCUGUCUUUCAAACCGUCCUUUUGGAACCGCUCUUGCUUAUAAGACACUUGUUCUCAUGGAGGUUUUGAGGAAUAAAUGUUUUAUCUGCUGUUCCUGAAAAUGUCUGAAUGUUCACUUGCCCUCCAAACAAACCUUAGCCACAGUCUCCAGACUUCUGCAGUAAACCGUACUGGUGAAAGUAAGUAGUGAGUUUUGGUCCUAAUUUAAAUCCGAACCUCGUGUACGGUUUUCUGCCUUCGAAGCUGGUUGGACUUUAGUGACCAUGAGCUUCUGGUACAUUUGAAUUGUGAUUGAAUGAAUAAUAUAGGACCAGUUUAAUAUUAAACACUUUGUACCUCAGGGAAUUCAGCUGUUAUUAGUAAAGAGAAUUUCACCCCAUGUCUCCUGAUUCAAUGUCUGAUCUGAUGGGAUUUUUUUUAUUGUCUUGGAGCAUUUUCUAAACAUGUCUCAUCUAAUUUACAUGCAUACAAGUUUAAAUUCUACACACAAUGAAAACUUCAUGUAUGUUUUUUUUUUUAAAUAAAACCAUGAACGUGCUGUCGA